AUGAUAUGCGGCUGUGUACUACUGAUAGCUCUCUUAUCAUUAGCAGUCUAUUAUUUUCGACAUCGCCUUCGAGAACAACGACCACGUGCCUACUCCAAAGCAUCGUUCGAUCCAUUACCCGACAUUUCUAAAUUUCGCGAUACAUUACCGUUUACAUGUCAAGAUCCUCUUGCAAAUUCAAGCACCAAUAAUAUUUUCGAUAAACAAAUACCAUCACAAGGUAAUGCGAUAUUAGCAUAA